GCUGGGAAAUUCUUAAACGACAGCGUUACACGUCCACUCCUUUUAUAAACGAAACCGAUCGGGAAAUUUGAAGGUUGAGGUGCUCCAAAAGUCUCACGACAAAGAAAAAGAGAAUGGAGAAGAAGCAACAGGAGAUAGAUGGCGCCGAGGAAAUUCCCGCGCCUAAUCAGAAGUUCUCAGUCCUUAACUGUAUAGAUCUCUCCAGCCCCGAUAUCCAGCAAUCUGUUUCUUUACUCAAACAGGCGUGUUUGGACAGUGGAUUCUUUUACGUGGUAAAUCAUGGAAUAAGCGAAGAAUUCAUGGACCAGGUUUUCUCGGAGAGUAAGAAGUUUUUUGAACUCCCAUUAGGUGAAAAAAUGAAGGUUCUUAGGAACGAGAAGCAUCGAGGCUACACUCCUUUCCUCGACGAGCUUUUGGAUCCUGAUAAUCAAGUACACGUAGGCGAUUACAAGGAGGGCUAUUACAUUGGAGUUGAAGUGCCUGAAGAUGAUCCUCAAGCAGAGAAGCCAUUUUAUGGGCAAAAUGUUUGGCCAGCAGCCGACGUUUUGCCUGGAUGGAGGCAAACCAUGGAGAGGUUUCAUAAAGAGGCACUAGAGGUCGCAAGAUCAGUUGCAAGGAUCAUAGCACUCGCACUUAAUCUGGAAGCUGAUUUUUUUUAUAGGCCUGAAAUGCUUGGCCAGCCAAUUGCAGUCAUGCGCUUGCUACACUACGGAGCUCAGAUUUCUGAUCCCUCAAAGGGAAUAUUUGGAGCCGGAGCUCAUUCUGACUAUGGUUUGAUUACCCUUUUAGCCACAGAUGAUGUCGUUGCCCUUCAAAUAUGCAAGAAUAAGGAUGCUCAACCUCAAGUUUGGGAAUAUAUAGCUCCAAUAAAAGGAGCAUUCAUAGUGAAUAUUGGUGAUAUGCUGGAGCGCUGGAGCAACUGUAUUUUCAGGUCCACAUUGCAUAGAGUUGUCGGGAAUGGUCAAGAGAGAUAUUCUAUAGCAUAUUUCGCGGAACCUAGUUAUGAUUGUUUAGUUGAAUGCUUGCCCACCUGCAAGUCCGAAAAAAAUCCUCCCAAGUUUCCUCCAAUCAUAUGUGGGACUUAUCUUAGUCAACGCUAUAAGGAUACUCAUACUGAUUUGAGUGUAUACAACAAACAUCAAUCUUGAGCUUGCCAAAGAAUUAAGAUUCGGAAGACACAUCCUCCUGAAUCUUGGUGGUGAUACAGGUCACCACAAAUUAGGUGAGGAUCUGAUAAUCAUAGGCUACACUUUCCUUUGAAUGUUUUGUUGUAUGUGUAUGUCUGUAUAGGCUCCACGUCGGGUCUUAAAAUAGAUACCCUGUUUUCUUCAUAGUUAAUUACCAGUAAUUUUUUUUUUUUGUCUUGACAUGAAAAUGGCUGCCCAGAGGUACUCUGGUACAUCAAUAAAAAAAAUAAGGGGAUUUACUUGUUUGCCAUGCCA